ACGGCGUUCAGACCUUUUGGAGACGCAGAUCAGCAGCUAACAGCUAACAGGCUACAUUAACCUACGUUCUGUUAAUACAAUAUUUAACAUGAUUUCCUGCGUUAAAUAUUAAAAGUGAAGCCUCUUGUUCCUCCACAGCCUCCCCCUGUGUUCUGUGGGGUUAGCAUUAGUUAGCAUCGACAGGUCUCCGUCUAAUAAAGCUACUGAUUAGCUUAGCACAAACUAGCUUAGCACCCUAACCGUCACAUUCUAUAUUUUUCACCCGGAUAAGAGGCUCUGAAUCCCCGCAGGAUCAGAGGAGAGGAGCCAGUGUAGCCUCCAGCUAGCUGGUGGCACCGCGGGAUGGAUGUGAGUUAACUGUGAGACCCGGGUCUGUGGUUCUCUGGACGGCUAGCUGAGGGUCCUGGUCCCGGUCCUGGUCCUCCUCCAGGGACCGGGGGCGGGAGGGAUCCACGCCGCAGAUCAGGCCCAUUUCUCGGGGAGAAAUGAGGCGGAGGCCCGCUAACAUCCGGAGCUGCUGAACAGGAUGGAUUUGUGCAGUAAGAACCGGACGGCACCGGUCCCUGACGGCGCCCCCCCCCCCCGGAUAGAGGGCCCCCCGCCCCGCACUAACGGAUGGUCCUGGCCCCCCCACCCCCUGCAGCUGCUGGCCUGGGGGCUGUUCGGCUUCUUCGCCGUCACCGGGCUGGGGGUGUUUGUCCCUCUGCUGCCCCCCCACUGGCUCCCCGCUGGGUACAUCUGCACGGGGGUCAUGUUCCUGUCUCACCUGGUUCUUCACCUGUCAGCCGUCUCCAUCGACCCCGCCGACCUCAGUGUGAGGACGAGGAGCAGCCGGGCGCCCCCCCCCCCCUUCGACCGCUCCAAACACCGGCACGUCAUCGAGAACUCCCACUGCUACCUGUGCCAGGUGGACGUGGGUGCAAAGUCGAAGCACUGCUCUGCGUGUAAUAAAUGCGUCUCUAACUUCGACCAUCACUGCCGCUGGCUCAACAACUGUGUGGGGAGCAGGAACUACAA